CUGUAAGAUUCCUGUUUAAAUCAGUUUUAAAAAAUAAGCCAAUCAAAUUCGACACAUAAUGAAAAAUGAUAUUGAAGAAGCCUUGUACAUAUCCUGCAAUAGUGAACAGCAACUUAAACCAGUUCAAAAUGAAAGAAAAAAUGACACGUUCUUUUUGUAUUUUUCCGCAUUCACAGCCAAUUUGAUCCUGUUUUCCGGAGCGACCGACAUGGUAUGGACCUCUCCGGUGAUAGCCAAACUAGAAUCCAACGACACGUCCAUCAACCCACUGGGCAGACAGAUCACCUACUACGAGAUAUCCAUUCUGGCUGGUCUGCCCGCCUUCACUUCCUUCCUGGGUGGCAUGGUGUUCAUGAGACUGCCGGACGCCAUCGGCAGAAGGAAAUCCUUGAUGUACAUGGCUGUGGGAAUGCUGCUGUCCGACAUAGUCGUAGCUGUCAGCAGACACAUCUACCUGUAUUACGUCGCCAGAUCGAUGUUCUCUCUAUUUUUGGGGGGCGUUUUCGUCGUGCUGCCAGUUUAUCUUAGUGAAAUCUGCGAGGACCACAACAGAGUCAAGUUCGGUUGUUUGAUGGGAAUGGCCAUACCGGCGGGCAAUCUCUUCUCCUACAUAGUAGGGCCUCUAACGUCGGUGCAAGGCUUCACCUUUCUGUGUGUGGCCCCGCUGAUACCGAGCCUACUUUUCUUUUUCCUGGUAGUGCCGGAAACGCCUAUUUAUCUGCUUUUGCGGAACGACAGUAAGGGAGCCCUAAAAGUGUUGGAACAGCUGAGAGGUGAUAGAGGCAGUGAGGAAAUAGCAGCAGAUUAUGAGGAACUGGAGAGGGUGAUAAGAGCUCGGACUUACACACAAAAGUCGGGGUUCUCCUGCUUGUUUGAAACGUAUGCUCUGAAAAGGGCUUUGCUGAUUGCUUCCGCGGUCAAUUUGGCACAGCACUGUUCAGGCGUCAUGGCUAUAAUGUCAUUUUUGGAACCGAUCUUCGAUGAAGCAGUGACCAAUAACUUAUCGGGGAGGGAAGUGUCUAUUUUAGUGGGUUGUGUGAAAAUUAGUGUGUUCACUGUGGCGUCUUUCUCGGUGGAAAGAUUUGGACGAAGGCCCUUGCUGCUUUUUUCUUGUGCCUGUUCUGGAAUUCCGCUGUUUAUUCUCGGUUUCUGCUUUUAUUGGAAUAGUUACAAUCCCACUUUAAUGGCAGACUUUCAGUGGUUACCAAUAGCUUGUAUUUUAACGUUUGUGAUAGCAUAUGCGGUAGGUCUGGGACCCAUUCCCGUUGCCCUGUUGAGUGAUUUGUUUCCUAGUGACGUUAUAUCAGUGGCAAUGUCUUUUGUAUCUAAUCUCGUAGGAAUCGCUAUAUUCGUGGUGGUAUCGCUGUUUCCGAUCGCCUCUAAAUAUUUAGGAGUGCAUUUUUGUAUGUGGGUGUUUAGUAUUAACUGUUUUCUGUUUUUCUGUUUUAUAUACUUCAUGUUGCCCGAAACCAAGGGCAGAAGCAUUUUAGAGGUCCAAAAUAUGUUGGGACAGAAAAAAUAAAUGUGGAACAUUUUUU